AACUUGAAAACCCAAUCCAUCUACUAUUCACACCCUAACAAGAAAGCUGUAUAGAAGAUCAAGCACAGCACAAGGCAUAACAUUUACUGCGUGUGUCAGAUCAAACCAAAGCAACUACCUUUCUCUUUCCUUAAUUAAUCUCUCCAUCUAUACCACCCCCCUCUCUGAGCACAAAGGUUUCCACCAUAAAAGAGGGAUCUUUUGUCAGGGUCAAAUGGCUUUUUGAAGAAGCACUUCUUAUUCAGUGAAAACAACUGGUUUGGCAUGGUUUCAAUUUGAACUCUACGAAGUUGGCGAUUGUUCGAGGAAACUGUUCAUGAAUGAAAAUGUCUGAGUGAAGAGCUCGAUUGCCAAAUACAAAUGGAAUUUAUGGACUGCAAAUUUUUGAAGUCUAUCAACUGCGGCACUAAGCCGAUAGUGUGUAGGUUCUUCGUGUUGGUAAUUUUGAUUCUGGUGUUAAGAACUCUUCUUUCGCCUUUCCCUGGUUUGAAUUGGUUUUAUGACAGAUCCUUGUAUCGAGCGUCUGCUUCGACUGGUCCUAAUUUGCAAUUUGGUUUGAGGAAGGAUAAGUUCUUAGAGGUCCCUCAGAUUAUAUGGGGAUUAAAUAAUCAGAAAAUCGCGCUCGCGAGGGCGUGCUUGACCGCGAGGUUCUUGAAUCGGACUCUUCUUAUGCCUAGCUUGAGCGCUUCGCUAUUCUACAAAGAGAUCGAUUUGCUUCAGCCGAUUUCGUUCGAUAAAGUGUUCAAUUUCGAGAAGUUCAAUUCUCUCUGUAGUGGAUUUGUUCAACUGGGCCGGUUCUCUGACCUCUCGAAUCAAACGGAGCCUUUCGAAGUCCAAAAGGGAAGCGGGAGGAAGUGGACGAAGGAGAGAGAUUUGAAUCAAUUGAACCAAUGUAAAGAGGACGAAAUCGACAAAUUCGAAGUUGUCAAAAUUGUCGGGAAAAAUCCGUUCCUUUGGCACGACCAUUGGCCUGUUAAGGAUUACGCAAAGAUCUUUGAAUGUUUGGUAUUAGUCGAUGAGAUAGAAAAUGAAGCAAUUAAAGUAAUAUCGAAGAUUAAGGAGGUUGGUGCAGCAGCAAGAAAUGAUAAGAAGAUUCCCCAAAAUGGCUCGGUUGAUGCGACGGCACCUUACAUUGCCGUUCAUAUGAGGAUAGAGAAAGAUUGGAUGAUACACUGCAAGAAAUUGGAGCAAAGGUCGAACAUAAAUCAAAUUUGUAGUAGUAAAGAGGAGAUUAUGGAAAGGGUAUCGCGAAUCAACGGUCUACAAUACCCGGUUUUUGUUUAUCUUGCAGUUGCCGAUAGCCUUUUGGAAGAUGAUUCGGUAUUAAGCGGCUGGAAAAAUGGAUUACUCCCGUAUGAGAAAAAGAGAUUAGGAGUUUGGGAAAUUUACAAAAGGUAUCCUUACCUUAUUCAAUCGGCAAUUGAUUACGAGGUUUGUGCGAGAGCCGAUGUUUUCGUGGGGAAUAGCUUUUCGACAUUUUCGAGCCUUGUAGUUUUAAGUAGAACUCAAAAAUUGCUAAAUUUGGGAAUCCGAAGCUCAUGCGGGGAGGAUCUUAAGCUUGCUUCGUUUGCAUAUAAUAUAGAGGGAGAACUGGGUGGGCCGAAGAGAUGGCGAACCGAUAUGUCCGCCUCGAGUUUGCAAAGUAUAAGUUACGGGACUAAUAAUAUUUCAUGCUAAAGAGGUGAAAUUUUUGAGAUUUUUAAAGCGAACACAAAUAUCAAGUUUGGUCAAACGAUAAUGUACAUCAAAGGUGAAGAAAUUCUUUCAUUUUUUGGAUACCAGUCAAAUGCAAUAGCGGCGGCAGCCUCUUUUGCUUCCUAAAACUCUUCUAAUACUGAUUUACUUGUUACAACUAGAUUUUGAGUAGAGACAUUGAAAAAUAGAUGAUUCAAUUUUGUCGCGGGCAUGUUACAGUUUGUGAUUAUGUACCACUUUUGUUUCUUUUUCGAAUCGAGAACAUAAUAUGUUUUGCAUGAUAUCUGCUGAUUUGCAGUUGUGUAUCAGUUGGAUGUUCAAAUGAAAUUUACCAGAAUCAGUAUAUGUUCUUUAUUUUUGUCGA